GUCGUGUUCAGGACCUUCAGCCGUCGUCAACCCGUCGCCGGAUACCGCGCAUGGUGGAUUCGCACGUGCUUUUGGUCGCCGCCGCAGACCGCAAGAAACCACCGGCCACUCCUCCGACCACGUCCGCCGCCGUCUCAGCGCCGACCACGCGGUCUUACGUGGCCGACAUGUACGCCGCGACGGAUGCCAGAUACGGGCUGCGGUACGGACUUCAGACGUCCAACCUCGGAGUGCAAGACCCCAAAGCGUCGGCAGCCGCUGCGUUUUUCUUAAGGGCGUCUCAAAAACUGAAUUUAAAUGGUUCGCCGCAUCGUAGGAAGAGACGAGGGUCGCAGGGAGAAGAAGCCGGUGUCGGUGUUCAUGGAUUUGCCAGUGGUCUACACAAGCAUGCACCACCAUUGCCGCCAUUGCUCCAGCGCCGGAUCGCCGGCAAAGAGCUCACGGGAGUUGGCAAGGUCAAAGUCAUUCUCAGAGUGGCCACGGGACCGGCAGAUGAACCCUCGCAGCCGUCGGCCGAUGAGCAAACCGACCGUGGAAACUUUAUGUCUGUCGACCAGAAACACAGACAACUCACGUUGGUCGACCCGAACGCUCCGGUGCCGUCCAGUGACGGUAAUCGACGAGUGGGCGUGGCCGCGCCUAAGAUGUUCGCGUUCGACGCUCUGUUCACGCCGGAAGACUCUCAGGUGGACGUGUGCAGUGCCGCUUUAAUGGACGUUAUACACGCCGUCAUUCACGGCACAGACGGUUCAGUGUUUUGCUUCGGUCAACAAAAUUUAGGUAAAACUUACACGAUGAUCGGUUCGGCCGACGAUCCUCAAUCGUACGGCGUCAUUCCCAAUGCGAUUUCGUGGCUGUUCAAAGGGAUUCAAGAGCAAAAAUCCAGGACGGGAGCACGGUUUUCGGUGCGAGUGUCCGCCCUUGAGGUGUCUGGACCCGCCAGUCCCAUUAAGGACCUACUGGCCGGCCAAUCCAACGAUGGCGACGAUAAUUUACCGGGCCCCGGGACAUACUUGAGAGGAGAAGAUCCGGUACUUGGGACGCCCGUUCAACACUACAGCGAACUCCGAGCUCAAAGUAUCGAAAAGGCCGCGUACUACUUGGACGUCGCCCUUAACGUUCGGAACCCGUCGUCCGAAUCGCACAUGUUGUACACGCUACACGUUUACCAGUACACCGUCCCGACCGGGUCGUCAGCAGUCGCCGGAGGCCGCAGUCGCCUUCAUCUAUUGGAUCUGGGCAGUUGCGAACGGAGCAAAUCGUCGGGCGGACUUACACUGUCGGGCCUGGGCAACGUUCUGUUGGCCAUAUUCAACGGUCAAAAACAUCUACCACACAGAGAACAAAAGCUUACACAACUUCUAAAGGAGUGCUUGAAUUCGUUGACUUGUCACGCGGCCAUGAUAGCCCACGUAUCGCCGUCCGCCCAACAGUACACGGAGACUCUUUCUGCUGUUCAACUGGCUUCCCGAAUCCAUCGAAUGCGCAGAAGAAGGUUCAAGUUUGUCGGUGUUGCGAGCGGAUGCGGAACGUCUUCUGGUGACACAGAUCCUAAAAUUCAGAACGGUGCCCUAGGCGCUACUGAUAUCGAACCAUCGAGCAGCGAACAGUCGGCCGACACCGUUAUCUAUGUGGGUCCUAGCGAAGAGACCGACGGCGAACACCCGCCCGUUCACAUACCCAGCUUAUCGGCUAUCGAAAACCGCUGUCACCCUUUGAACAAGCUGCUUCGAGAACCCGGCCAGAGUAAAUCCACACCUUCGUCGCCUCAAAGGAUGGUGCCGACGAAGACGGCUCCAGCCACCAAAGCCGCGGCAAAAGCCAACGGUGUAAGUAGUGCCCGCUCUUCACCCGUCCGUACGCCCAAGACUUCCAAUGGGAGUGGAAGGCGAGAACGACCCGAGGAGAGAUGGAUUGAUGGACCCCGUGUUUCCAAAUCUCGUGCUCACGAAACUAGAGCCAUGCUGAUGUCCAAGAAGAAAGACGAGACAUGGAUCGAUGGUCCAAUGCACGGUGUACCCAGUGCUCAGCAUGCAAACGUCUACGGGUUCAUGGACUACCACAAGAAAAACAUGAUAAAAAAAUGGGUUGAGAAUCAAGUCUAUCAGGUGACAGACAAACAAAACAAGCACCGCGAAAUGAAGGAGUACACGACUUUUAAAACUGACGAGCUAGGUCCCAGGGGAAGAGCCAGCGGCCAAGAAGAAAACGAUGAUGACAGUUCAAAUGGUGAUGUGUUACCUGUAGCCACCAGGACCAUGGCAAUGGAGAACCACCAAGUCAGCAGAGUAGUGUCUAUAGAACGUCUCAGAGGAUCUAACGUAGAAGAAUACAACGAGGAAGAUGACGAAAUCGAAUUAGAAAUCGUCGAAGUCGAAGAACUCGAAGAGCCCGUUCCUACCCAAGAUAGUUGUUUACAGGUGACCGAAGAAGACAUUGCGUUUUGUAUGGGUGAACUGGAAAAUCCUUUGCCCGAAGUCGACCAAAAAGAACACCCUUUAAGAAUUCUCAGCCAAGAAAACAUGACCGUUGUAUCUACUUUUACGGAUUCCUUAUCGGUGGCUAACGACAUCGACAGAGUGUUUUCAAGACCAAGUGCAAAUUCGUUCAGACAGUUCAACCACAGACUCCAAUCAGUACCACAAAACGAACAAAAGUCUUCAAAAGAUCAAUUCCGAUACGAACAGCUGUCACGUUUACACGAACUGUACAACGGCAAAGUCGGUGUCCCCAAACACGUGCCUAACAACUCUAACCAUUCGACAUUGCCGUCGCGUCUGCAAUCUGCUUCGUUGUCGGAUGUGUUUAAAAACGGCGGUGCAGGCACCGACAGUCUGACCUCAAACCACGAUCAAAUUCAUCUGUCCAACGAUUUCGACAACAACAGCAUCGCCAGCGAACCGGCAUACCUGAUGAACGAUAACAGUCAGUUUUGUCACAACUGUCGAAUGAACUUGACGAGCACGGACGACUUGACUAGUAACCUGUGGAUGCACUACGGAGAACUUCAUACCCUGAGUCGUUUUCACUCUGUCAAGCAUAACAUAAGUAGAAAUAUUUCAAACUUGAGGCAUCCGGACGGAGCGUCUAAUCCAAAUUUACAGUUGGAGACUUGCAGAGAGCCCGGUAACGGAGCCGAAGACUGUAAAGAAAAGAGUCAAGGUAGUGACGAAGGUGACAUCGAAGAAGUGCCCUAUCCUCCUCCACUGCAAACGGAGUUACUUUCUUUAAGCAGAGACGGAUUGGACAGUAAGAGUCGUGCGCAAUCGCUGCUGAACGGAUUCGGGUAUUCCGGGAGGAUGAACCAAAAUUACAUAUCCAACGGUUUAACCAAUGGCUUAACAAACGGCCUAACCAAUGGUAAAGCUCACGACCCGGGAGGGAACGGUAAUAAUACAUUUAUGGCCAGAAUCGAACCCUAUUUAAAUUUCAAAAUCCAAAACUUAGGCCAGCUGCGAAACAAAGAACAGAACGGCUGGAACGGAGGUAAGACGCGAUUCGAGGACAUCAAACAGCUGAAAGAGUUCAACUUGACCAAUAAUAAACUCUUCAACCAACGGUGGUUUCUAGACAAAAAAAACCCCAGAUCGAAGAAUUUGAACGAAACGGGCAAGAGCAAUAAUGUGCCGGCUACCCAAAACGGCAGCAAAUGUGAUAGUUAAGUCAUGGUGUUUGUUACUGUACUUUAGCGUGUGCGAUUGUGUACAGUAUAUAGUAUUAUUAUCAACUUGGACCUUUUAACAGAAACAUUAGAAGUCCGUGUUGUUGUUUUUUUUAUGCGAAAUAUAAAAUUAUAUAAUUCAAGUUUCCCCCAAAACAGCUAUUCUAUAAACAGGUACAGUCUAAAAAAAAUGUUUUCCAAAGGAAUUGAGAUAAACGUUUGUCCAUCAGACUUUACACCACGUUAUUGUUUAGUUUGUAUUCUAUAAAUGUUAGAAGCAUGAUAAAAAAUAUAAAAACAUAUUUAUCAUACAUAAUUAUAUUAUUAUAUGAAAUAACUAAGUUAAUUGUACUGUUUGCGUUUGCCUUUUGCAACACGCAUACCUUAACACAAUAAAAUGUCACCAUAUUUAAAAACAUAAACCUCCUCCAAAGCUCGCAGCACGCAUUAAAGUAUUAUUUUUCAACUGUAAUGUAUCAUAUACAUUUAUAAAUAUAUAAUACACUAUAGUAAUAAUUAUAGACUAUAUUAUUACGAGAAUUGUGUACCCUCUUUAGAAUACUUUUAUUUAUUUACUUUUC